CUGAAGUGGUGCGCGAGUCUGGAGGACCAAAACGAUAGGAAUGACGCCAUUAUUUAUUCUUUUAAAAAUAUAUUUUUAUAGACUUUCCUGAACAGCUUUUAACUGAGUGUAAUGCGCCGUUUGACUCACAGCGACCGUUUAUUUCAGCUUCACGGCUCUUGGAUUUAUAAGAUAUAAAUAAAAGCGGAUUUUUCUGCCGGACUCUGACUUUGGGAGGUACUUUUAUUCUGUAUUUUAUACAGAAAACCUAAGGAUGUACGCUGGUCGUAAACGGAGGAAACCGGUGCAGCGAUCGGUGAAGCAGCCUCCACCUGAAGGGGCCAAAUCCAACCCUUCCAAGCGUCACAGGGAUCGGCUCAACUCGGAGCUGGAGCGGCUGGCUAGUCUGUUGCCCUUCCCCGAAGAGGUCACUUCCAGCCUAGACAAGCUUUCCAUCCUCCGCCUGAGCGUCAGCUACCUGCGUGCCAAGAACUUCUUCUCUGUUGCCCUGAAGAACCACAACUCCAGUGGGGCGACUGCCAAUGUUGGUAACUAUGACAACGGCAAAGCUGUGGGAUUUGCAGGCCAUCAGAUGCCAGAGGGUGAACUCCUACUGCAGGCUUUGAACGGCUUUGUGCUGGUCAUCACUGCUGAAGGAACGAUAUUCUAUUCCUCCCACACCAUCCAGGACUAUCUGGGCUUCCAUCAGACUGAUGUCAUGCACCAGAGUGUGUCUGAGCUCGUCCACACAGAGGACCAGCAGGAGUUGAGGAGGAACCUCCACUGGGCACUGAACCCCCCAGUGACAACAAAUCCAACAUCUCUGGAGCCUGGCCAAGAUGCGCAUGGUUCAGGCUCCUCCCAGGAAACCUACAGCCCUGAGCAGCUGCCUCCUGAGAAUUCAUCGUUCUUGGAGAGAAAUUUUGUGUGUCGCUUCCGAUGUCUCUUGGACAAUUCUUCUGGAUUUCUGGCUCUGAAUCUCCAGGGUAGGCUAAAAUUCCUGCAUGGCCAGAACCACUUUGGAGAUGACAGAGCCAAAACACCACUCCAGCUGGCACUGUUUGCAAUUGCUACUCCACUCCAGCCACCCUCAAUCUUGGAGAUUCGGACCAAGAACAUGAUCUUCAGAACCAAGCACAAACUGGAUUUCACCCCCAUGGCUUGUGAUGCAAAGGGUAAAAUUGUCUUGGGCUACACUGAGGCUGAGUUGAGAGUUCGGGGGUCCGGGUACCAGUUCAUCCAUGCGGCAGAUAUGCUGUAUUGUGCUGAAAACCAUGUUCGAAUGAUAAAGACUGGUGAGAGUGGACUGACAGUAUUCCGGCUCCUCACCAAAGACAACUGCUGGAAAUGGGUCCAAGCCAAUGCAAGACUAGUAUACAAGAAUGGCAAACCUGAUUACAUCAUUGCCACCCAAAGGCCACUUCUGGAGGAGGAGGGUGGUGAACACUUGAGAAAACGCUCUAUGCACCUUCCCUUUACAUUUGCAACUGGUGAAGCUAUGCUGUACCAAACCAGCCAUCCAGUAGCAGGAUUUAAUGAAGUUCACCAAGGAAAUGGAAAGAUCAGUAAGUCAAAAAAGGGGCGGACUGAUAAAUCCUCUGAGGAAGUUCUGGAUCCUUCUUCACUGCUUGGUGCACUGAUGAGCCAAGAUGAAUCUGUUUAUGUGUGCCAGCCAGCUGUGGAGACCAAAAUUACAUUUCAGAACAGCUUGUUUGGCACAUUGGAAGCCCUACCUUGCUGGUCUGAGAGUGACUCUGGGAUUCUUAGGAACUGGGAUCAAACAGGUAAUAACAUAUUGGAUCCAGAGCCCCCUGACACAAGUGCUGACCCACUGCUAGCCACCUUAGAUUCUUUAUCCCUAAGCAAUGAAGUUAUUGGUGAUUCAGAGGACUGCUCCAACGGAGAGCUGUUUGGAGCUCUGGAGGGUCUCGGAUUAAGCGCGGAAGACUUGGAGCUGCUUCUUCUUGAUGAGCGCAUGAUUCAAGUGGACAUGGACCCAGAUCAUGUUCCUACUCUUGACGACCUUCUCACCAAUGAUGAGAUACUGUCUUUCAUACAUGACUCGCUUGAGCAAGAAUGUGAGAUGGAAAGCCAGUUACCCUCUCCAGUUUCCAUGACUAUGACCACCUUGGUGCCUGAAACCUACACUACAUCAACACCUAAUGUGCACGUCCCAUGUAUACCUCUUAGGCCACCACCUUGUGAUCAGAGACCCAUUGUCCACCUGUCCCAACAGAUGCAACUGCAUCUCAGUCUGAGACACCCUCCACCAGUUCCAGACACCAUGUCCCAGCAUGGCAACCAGUCAAAGAAACAUUUGGAAAAUGGACUUGCACUCCAUACUGUGACCAGCACCAGGACACUAAGCGGCCAACAGGCUGUUCCAGACAGCAGUUCCUCAGUAGUUAAAGUUAAUGCCAAACAGCUCUUUCAUUUACAGCAGUACUGCCAACAGCAACACCAGUGGCCUAGACAACAAAGCCAGUCUUCUCAGUCCCACCAUCCCAUCACUGAAAACUGUAACAUUAAUGGACUACACACUGUCAAUUCAGGUAAUCCUGUGAACCUAAACCAAGAGUAUGGCUUCUGUUAUGACAAUCAAGCACACACAACUGUCAGUGUCCCUUGCCUUCACAAUGGACACACAUCAGUUCACACCCAAGUGGACGAAUACAAUACGGCUGACAUUUCUUGUAUGAAUUUUGUAGACAACGGACAGUUGCCUCUGGAAAAUAGAAUUCACGAGGAGACCACACUUCCUUUGCAUCAAAGGGUUGAUCAGAAGGAGCAGCUGGCCCAAAUGUUGUCUAGUUUUUCACAGCAUAUCCUGAGUGUUGGGCAGACUUGCGGACAGCUGCCCUCACAGGACCCUUUCGGAAUGUUUACCUCAGAGCCUCAAGACUCUCAACAGAGCAAGGUGAACAGUGGGCACAUCCCCAGUGGCACCUGUGCAGCUGGCGUGCCAAAUGGAAGUGUGGUGGCACCUCCUAGUGGCAUUCUUCAACCUGAGUCCCUCUCCGGUCUUCCAGAUCCACAGACAUCAGGGUUCAUCCUUUGACAGCAGCACAGCGGUUUCUGUCAACAAGAGAUUAAAGAAACUUGAAAUGGAUUAAAAGUUCCUUCCUGUCCUUUAUUUAGCAGUAGUGAAUUUCUGUUUCCACAUCAUUACUGUUAUCCAGACGACUGUUACCAGAUACCGCGUCCUUACAUCCUCAUUCAUUUAUGUCAAUUAUGUCUUUAAUCAAUUGUUUACGAUUGUAAUUGUUAGCGGUAUUUGAUUGCACUGUAGCUUUUUGUAUUAGGACUGUUGUUAAAAUUUACAUAGUAAUUCCUCCUCACUAAGCAGAAC